AUGUACUUGUCGGUGCGUUUGCCGAUUGGAAAGUACCUGGGCGCUACGGUAUUCGUCUGGUCCGCUAUCCUCAUGUGCCACGCAGCCUGUCACAACUUCACAGGUCUGAUGAUCACUCGAUUCUUCCUCGGUGCAUUCGAGGCAUCCAUCGCCCCGGGAUUCUCCCUAAUCACUGGCAUGUGGUACACCCGACGCCAGCAGCCCCUUCGGUACGGCCUGUGGUUCGCGGGCGGCUCCAUAGCCACCUUAUUCGGAGGCAUGCUUUCAUACGGCAUCGGACAUAUCGACGGCGGCGCCGUGGCCUCGUGGCAAUAUUUGUUCCUGAUCUUCGGCGCCGUCACUGCCGUCUGGGGCAUCACCAUGCUUAUCUUCCUACCGGAUACACCAGCCAAAGCCUUCUGGCUGACCUCCGACGAGCGAUCGACCACCCUCCACAACGUUAUGGCUGAUGGCCAGGCCGGUACUAAGAGCUCCUACAAGUUUUCGCAGGUAGUCGAAGCCUUCCGCGACCCGGUGACCUGGUGCCUAAGUCUGUACAGCUUCUGCGUAAACAUCGCCAAUGGCGGCCUAACAACCUUUGGAUCGCUGGUCGUGCAAGGGUUCGGGUUCAAAGGUCUUGACGCCCUCUUGAUCCAAAUGCCCACGGGCGCCGCGCAGCUGAUAUUCGUGAUUGUGAGCGCCAUACUGUGCUCGUCUUUCCCGAACAUCCGCGCCCUGACUAUGAUGGCCCUUUCGUUGACCAGUCUGCUGGGAAUGGUGCUUAUGUAUGCUCUACCGGACAGCAAUCAAGCUGGCCGCAUGGCGGGUUUCUGCCUCAGUCUGGCUUUCUCUGCAAACAUGCCACUUGCCAUGUCGCUGAUUACCAGUAAUGUUCGCGGCCUCACCAAGCGGGCAGUGAUUAAUGCUUGUGUUUUGGUGAUGUACUGUGUAGGUAAUGUCAUUGGCCCGCAGUUCUUCAGCGUGGAUGAGGCGCCAAGGUAUAAGAAGGGUAUUACGGCCAGCCUGUGCGGAUUUGGAUUGGGGUUUUUCUGGAUCCUGUGUCUGCGACUAUACUUGCAGUGGCAGAAUAGGAAGCGAGCGGGUGAAGUGCCAUUGGAUAUGCCGCAGGAAGCGCUGCUCCUGGAGGAUCGGACUGAUUGGGAGACUCCGGGGUGCCAGUAUGUUCUCUAG